AUGAGCCGCACAUUUGCAGCUUUGGCUAUCGUGAGUCUGCAGCUGGCGCAAGCCACCGACUGCAGAACGGGAACCUUACAUGACAUCUUUGCAAGCGCUCAGGAGAUGAUCUUGCUCAUGGCCGCCUUCACCGUUGGCUGGCACUUGAUUGGUCCUUGUUUGGGCCUGCUCCUGCGGAAGGGGGCGCGCAACGCGAGCGAAAUGCCCAUGGUGCAGGAAUCACAGGAGAUCAGCGCAAAAGGUGAGCCCUCGAAGGGACUCGUGCCUUGGCAUGCCAAGCGCGACCAGCGCGCCUUGGAGUUGGCCGAGAACUUCACCGAGCCUUCGCAGGCACUCCCGGAAGGCUUGUACGCCGAAGCCUUUGAGGCCUGCGUGCGGGACGGCGACUUCGAGUCUGCGAGUCGACUGGCUCGUGGUGAGUGGGUGCCACAAGGUCCAAAAGCGCAUGGCCAAGUCCUGGCCUUGGUCCGGUGGUUGGCCAGAAAGCACGACCUCGCCAGCGCGGAGAAGUGCCUCCGUAACCUGCGCAAAGUGGACCUGCGCACCAGGAAGUCCUUGAUUUUGGCUUGCGCUCAGAGCGGCAACAUGGACGCAGGAGCGCAGUACUUCAGCCAAUUGAAAGCCGACAUGCUCCAGCCAGACUUCGCAACGUACUCUUCCAUGAUCCGCGGGUACUGCAAUGUUGGCAAGGUGGAAGACGCGCUGGGAGUCCUUGAGCUGAUGCUCGGGGACAGAAUUCAGCCGGACGCCAUGCUGCUGGAUGCCCUGCUAGAGGGGGCAGUGAGCCGCAACUUCUUCCAGGGCGCGGAUCGCAUCCUGGCCCUGAUGAAGGAGCUCGCCAUUCAGCCAUCGAACACGACUCUGGCUGCUUGUAUCAAGCUGUACGCUUCCAGGGGCGAGGUUCACCGAGCCCAGCGCGUCUUCGAAGACAUGGUGCAGAAGUAUCACCUUCAGCCGAACUCCUAUGUGUAUGGGAAUCUUAUAGCGGCAGCUUUCUGCAAUGGCAGGCCUGAGCUGGCCCUCUCCACUUAUGAGCGCAUGGUCGCGGCUGGCUGCACGCCCUGUGCCCGGACAUACGAGCACUUGGUGCAAUGCUGCCUGCAGCUGGGUUUUCUGGACAUGGCGGCCGCGCUCUUGGACGAAGCCCUCGGUCUCAAGAACGCCAACAGGCCUCGGGCAUACAUCGAUCCGAAGGUCAUCGAGGAGCUCCUGCUUCUCAUCACGCGCCGCAAAGAGACCGAACGUCUUGGCUUGCCGCUCCUGAAAAGGUUGGCAGCUGCUGAUUUUGAGAUCCCUGAACGCUUCGAGCGCUUUGCCCAAGUUACCACUGAACCAUAUGAUUCAGUGCGCAGCCAGCGCCGCAAAGAGUUUGACCGCUGGCGUGAUUUCUCUGUAGGUGAGUGA